CUCUCCCUGUUUUACCAUUUGUGUUCUUUAGAUAUUUCGUUAAUUUUUUAGAUUAGUUUUAAAAUAGUUCUUUUUAUUGAAUUAAAUUGUGUGUGUAUUAUCUAAUAUAACAAUCAAUUUUAAUCGUGAAGUAGUUAGAAUAUUUAUUAUAAAAUUUAUAGACAGUGGAUCCACCUUAUUAAACAGCAAUAGCAGAACAUGUGACAAACAACGCAAUGGCACAGGAAAAUACAACAUGUGUCGGUGAGGUCCACGACUCGCCAUCCAAUAAACAGCUUACUAAUGAAGAUGUACCAAUCGUAGCGGUGGAACAAGAUGAGAUAUCAAUAUCUACAGUCACGUCUAAUGAUCUCGACAACGAGCACAGUUUAAUUAAAGAAGAGAGUGGCGUGAUCCUUGAUGGUUUGGAAGAUAGUAAAAACACAGUGACGGACUUAAAGGAGACUUUUGGCGAGCAUGAAACUUGUGAAGUAAAUGAUGAUGCCCGGUCUAUAGGUGACUUAGAUAGUUUGCCGGCCGGCGACGAGCUCGCUCUGAACGCUGCUGGCAGUGAUAGCGGAGUGGAAGGCUGUGGGCGAGCACUUAGCAGCGGUGGCGGAUCACGAUCAUGUGCUUCAAGUGUGGUCUCCUGCGGUUCGGGCUGUGGUUCUGAAAGCUCGUCAUUAGCCGGAGCUCCACCUCGUCCCCGUCGUCGUGUUAAUGUAACCGUAACGGAGCCGAAACGUAGUUCUCCAAUUGGAACGUCUACACCUCGCCCGGUUACUGCACCGCGUGGUCCCAAUUUAGCGACUCGUGAACGUGCAAGAAGUCGAGAGAAACCAACUCCACCCGAAAAGCCUCGUCCCUUGACACCGAAACCACGAAUCCGUCCUACCGGUGAUUUGCCAAAUCUCGUCCGCGAAAGUCCCGCUUUGCGAGCAAAGCCCACCAAAACGUCGACUGCUCGAUGCCGAACUCCUAAUUCUCCGAGUGAAGAAAAACGCUGGCCAGCAAAUGGACCACGAUUAGUAGCAACUUCUGCAGAUGCGAGUGCGACUCGUAUUGCUGCCGAUAAAUAUGGAACUUUACCACGUAGGAGACGAGAUGCAGAAACUGAUAACUCACCCAAACACGAAAGCACACCACCUUCAUCUAGAAGACCUACAAUAGUGCGAUCGUCUUCAUCCCGGUCUACUAUAAAAACAAGAGUGCGAAUAUAUGCUGAAAAGACAUGCCAGACAGUACUUAUAGGCAGUGAUGUGGAAUCAGCGCUGGCGGGCGUCAUGCCUAAUAUUGAGACGCGCGCGGAGGUGACCCGGUGCCACCGCGGCGUGCAAGCUAGUGCCCGUGAUGCGGAGAUGGCGCGGCUAACAGCGGCAGCGGCUGCAGCGGACGCGGCUGCGGCGGCUGAGCGCGAGCGGCGACAGCACGCCGACGCGCAGCUCGCACAAGAGCGUGCUGCACGCCUCGCCGCACUCGCAGACCUCGAGCGGAAUUCGCAGCGGCUGCUCGAGCUCGCCGGAGCUGGGGCGGAAGCGGGCGCUGAGGGUUGUCUGCGUGCGCUGGAGGAGCAGCUGCGGGCGGCGCGCGAGCUGGCCGCGCGGCAGCGGGCCGACUGCGACGCACUGCGAGCUCGCUGCGACUCACUGCACACGGAGGCCCGAGCGGCGCGGGAGGCGGCUCGAGCGGCGGAGAGUGCGCGCUCGGAGGCGGAGCGCGAGGCGGCAGAGAUGCACGAGUUCCUAGCAGCCGAGGCAGCCGCACUCGCGCACUCACUCCGUGAUGCUGACGCGGAACUUGCGCGCCUUACGCAGGAAAGGGACCGCAGCCGCAGCGAGUGCCGUCAGCUGGUGCGCGUGUGCGAGCGGCUGCGGCAGGAGGCGCGCGCGGCGCAGGCGGCGGCGCGGGCGGCGGGCGGCGCGGCGGGCGCGGGCGCGGGCGCGGGCCCCGCCCUCGACGCGCUCGGCCGCCGCCUGCGCGCGCUCACCGCCGCCGUGCGCGCCGCCUACCUGCUGCCCAAGGACGCGCUCGAGCCCACGGUCUACCACAACGACGUCUACAGCCGCAGCGAUAGUGGCGAAGCGCUGUCCCCCGAGGAGGAGUCCCGUGGGGGGCUGGUGGCGGCGGUGUCCCGCGCACUACGGGCCGCUCCGCCCUUUGCGCCUCUCCCCGCGGACCCCCAUGUCGCCCCCGCGGACCCCAACGUCGCCGCCGCGGAACCUCACGUCGCCUCCACGGACCCUCUCGAUGCCCCCGGCCCGCGCGCUCCUCCGACUGAUGACGACCGCUCUAGGUUCUCCGAUGACAAUGACAACUCCGCCGACCUGCUCGACUCUGAGACGGAGCCUUGCCUGGUCACCGAUCCUGAAUACGCAGAGGAAUGGUGGUCGGGAGCGGAAGGAGCGGGCGCGUGGAGUGGCGAGGAACUGUCGCCCGAGCGGGAGUCAUGUGACGACGAUAGAGAGGAUGGCGAGUGGUGCGUGGAGCGCGAGUCGCUGCGUCAGCUGUCGGCCGCCAUCGUGCAGCGGCAGCGGUCCGAAGCAGAAGAUGCGGAGCGUGGUGCACUACUGUCGCGCGUGAUGGCGCUCGACGACCGCUUCGCUGACCUGCUGCGCGCGCUACGAGCCGCCGCUGCAUCCAGCGCGUGCAGCGCUGCACCCGCCGCCGGACUCGCCGCCGCACUCAAAGACAAGAUAGAUGUAACAGAAAAGAACGUCGCGGACGUGGUAGUGAAGAAACUAGCAGAGCUCGAGGCCAGUAAGAAUAUGAUGGAGCAGUACAGGCAAUCCAUCGAAACGCUCAAAAAUCAGCUGGCACAAUCCGGUGAAGAGGAUGAUUUAGAAUUUGUUGAAGAGGAACUGCGGUCGUGCAGUGAGAGCUCGCGCCGGCAGCGCUACGAAGCGCUGGAUGCAGCGCUGACCGCGCUGGCCGCGCUGCCCGACUGGCCGCGCGUGGCAGCGCUGCAGCGCCGUCUUGAGCGGCUCGCGUUCCUGCUUGCCUCGCCGCCUCCGCCGCCCGCGCCGCCCGCACUCGGCCCGCAACCGCUACAUACCACCGCCUAAUCUGCUUUCACGAUGUACAGCAAAUCCCUAAACUGUUUGUCUUCAUCUUUUCCAUUUUUACGUAAAUAUGUUAGCCGGGGCCUAAUAUACUAAUUGGAUCUUAUGACCAAAACAAUUAUAUGUAAAUUUGAAAGUAUGUUAGUCUAUCUUCGUAAGGGAAGAUGCUCAUUUUAAUGUAUACUGUCUUUGCUAUAACCGUUCCGUUAAAUGCCAUAUUUUGUAAAUAUUGUAGAACUUGAAGGAACUGCUCUUUCUAGCGGUCUCGAAGAGUCCGAUGUCGAUUUUAUCUAAUACAUAUUUUAAAUAUUUAAGUCUUAUAAGAUCACAUUUUACAAAACUGUAUGUCUCUCUCUGUUAUAAACAUUGUAUGUAGUAUUAUAACAUAACAUUCACCAGCCUAUGAAACAAACUAAUAUAAUCAAAUUGUUUUUAAGUGGAUUAAAAAAAUACCAGUGGCCAAUUUAUAAUAAGUUCCGACUACGCAAUAUAAUAAGACCACCCUUAUUCUGUAACUAAUUCACUUGUACAUCGAUAUUCACAUUAUAUCUUAUAAUAAAAUAUAGUUUAAUGAAUAAAAUUUACAUUUACAAUCAUUCUUAUGAAGUAAUUAAUAAUCCGCCAAAUGACAGAAUCAUGACCAUGCUUUUAUGUGUGACGUCCGUCCUAUGCUUAUUUCAUGACGUGUUUUAGCCAUCCAUGACAAUUUAUUCCAAUGUAUAUUAUAAAAUAAAUUAAUUAUCUUUACAACAGAAUUAACUAAACUAUACAAAGUAUAAAUAUUAAGUAUUCAGAGUGGUGUAUUUUGUGACUCUAACAAAUUGUGAAAUGACUUUAUGAUAUUGUCGCAAUGUUACUAGGGAGUGAGUGUAAACACAAAUAUUUUGUAGUCGCUAGAGAAUAGAUUGAAUGAAAAAAAAUUGGAUUGAUUGAAUAGAAUGAAACUAUUAAUGAUUUCUAAAAAGGAAUGUUUUUUGAUUGAUCUCAUCGAAACUGUACUGAUUAAUGGAGUUGAUAUGUUUUUAAAUGAUUUUCUUAUAAAAAUACAAUUAUAAUUAAAUUAAUAACGAUUAUUGAAAAUUUGCUUUGCUAAUUUGCUAUUCUUAUUGCAAUUAAGUAAUAAUUGUUUCAUUCCUAGAAUGCAUUUAGAAAUCUAAAUAUUUUAAAUUAAUUUGUAUCCCUGUUUUUUAUUGAUUUUCUUAUUUCUAAAUCGGUAGGUAAUGUAAUUAAAGUAUUUUAGGUGCCAUUAGUGCUUAGGUCUCAUCUGAUAAGUAUACUAAUGCUGGGUCUAGGUACAACUAUUUACUAUGUCAUAUGAAUGUUACAUCACACUGUGUUUAUGAAAAUAAAAUGUAUAUAAUAAAUAAAUAUGGCUGAUAAAUUAUUCUAAUCAAAAUAUUUAAGAUCUAGUCAAUGUAGCACGAUUAUUUCAUUCGUCCCGAAAUCCAAAUGUAACCAGUAUAGUAUACUGAGUAUAAAAUAUUGUAAUUAUUAUUAUGAGAAUAAAAUAUCAUUUGUUGAUUUGUUUAUCAUUUGUUGAAUGACUAAACAUCCAGUGUUAAUUUUAGUUGUAAUACGGAAUUUGUUUAUUGUGAAAUUGUAUUACGAUUGUAGCAAAGACCAACAAAACAGCAUAGAUGCAUAGCCCACAAUACAAUCGAAUCUGCGAAACCAUGUUAUGUUUAUAUUUGAAAUUACCUUAAAUUAUUACGAAACAUUAUUUAAUUUAAUACAUUAUAAUUCAUCUAAUUAGAAACACUUCGAUGUCCAGAAUAUAAGUCUACUGGUAGAAUGCUAAAGAUGUAUAUGAUAAUAGAUGUAACGUCUUGGUUCACUGUACGUUAAAGUAUCUUGUUACGACGUCUUUAUUAUAACCCAAUUACAAUGCGUAUUUGACAAGUUGCAACAUCUGCUAGCACACACAUUUAAAACAAUGCUGUAUUCGUCUAUACUUAUUUGUUGGUCUGAAAAUGAAGAAUGUAUGCCAAUUGAACAAGGUAUGUUGUAACAAAAUGAGACUGAUUUUGUAUUUAUGUGGAAUUGUUGUUGAUGGUCGUGUUGAAUAUUGGGGAAUGUGUUACGUCGUCGUUUAGAAUCGCGCAGGUAAUUUAUAUAUUAUUAUUUUGCCUUUUCUUGACCAUCUGCGCAAAAUAUUAUUGAUUUAUUGUAAACUUAGUACAAACAGUUUCAAUGCUUCGUCCAAAGCACAUAUAGUCGCUUGCUUGCGGUGCUAAAAUUGACAUGGAUUAUAAACAAAAUCAGUUAUUAUUGUAAACAGUGGAAUCGUAUUGGUACUCACAUUAGUUUAUUAUACAAUUAAUCAUGUGAUGUAAAUAGUAUGUAUGUAAAUAAAUACUAAAUUGGAAAUUA